GUUUCCAUUUUUCUAUAAAUAGAACCAUUACGCUAUGUACGAAGUUCAUUAAUUUCUAUGUUGAAAUUUCGUACCUGUUGUAGACAUGAUUAACCAGAUUGAAAGUGGCGAAGAAGAUGAUGAAAUGAAGAGCUAUGACUUCACGAUGAAGACAUGGCGUGAUGACGUUACUUUCCUCGUGGAAGACCAGCGUUUUUAUGCCACUAAGGCCAUAUUAGCCAUAGCCUCGCCUGUGUUUGAAGCAAUGUUUGGAACAAACUUCAAAGAAAGUGAAGAAAAAGAAAUACCUUUACCAGGUAAGAAAUCUGAAGACUUCAACGAGUUUCUUCAUUGCAUGUAUCCUAACACACAAAAGAAGAUAGGCGCUGACAAUGUAUACAAGAUCUUACCAUUGGCAGAUGAAUACAAUGUCAAAUCACUGGUGAAAAAAUGCCAAAGAUAUCUCGGUUUCCGUUUAACGAACGAACGGGCUUCUAUAAAAGAAGUUGUGCAUUGCCACGGUUUGGCUACCAAACAUAAUUUUCAGGGCCUUCGAGAUGUUUGUGCAUCCCGUCUAUCUGAUAUUGGACUGAAAGAAAUACAACCCACAGGACUAGAGGACACUAGAACACUGCUCGAACUCCAUAAAGAUAUCUUAAAGAAACAAGGAGAAUUGUUGGAUUCAGCCCGAACAGAAUUGGUGAAAAUUUAUAUGCAAAAGGAUCUAACACAGGAAACUGCAUCAGCACAUGACCUUUCGAGUAGCAAAGGGGCUAUGAUAGCGUUUUCACCAUGCCUAGACCUUACAAAAGAGGACUUUAAAAGAAGCAAACCUGUGUCUGUAUGGGAUAUAACAUUUGAUGUUGUUGUCAAGGUUUUUAAAAGAGAUAAUGUUGAUUAUCUUUCAGUUUUAUUGUCGAGCACUUUUCCUGAAACAGAAGCAAGCUUGGCAUGUAUUAUUGAUGCAAAAUACCAGUUAAGGUAUAUGGGGGAAGAGAAUUUUCAGCAUAAAUGUAAAACAUUCAAGGAAAAGGAAUUUCCGGAAAACUCAAAGUUUUCUCAUGGCUACCGUUUUAAACUGCAAGAGCUUAUUGAGGAUGAUUAUAUUGUUGAAAACAAAAUUUAUUGUGUUGUUUAUUUCAUGGUUAAGAAGCCUUUUGUGAAGGAUCAGUGAUUUAACAAUAGAGAAGACAUAAGAUAAUUAACAUGUUAUCGAAAAUAUUAAUACAUGCUGUGAAGGAGACAAAAGACUUUUAAUGGUGCAUUUAUACCAAUUUGAUGAUUUAUAGCUCAAUAAGAUUUUUUUAUAUAGUGUAUGUAUCAGUUAAAAUAAUUUUGUUAAUUAUAUAUUUGUGCAUUCUUUGAAAGAUUAUACUGCAAAUUAAAAAUUCAGAACCAGAAAAGAAUCUUAAAAAGUGACGUUUGAGCCGAAAAUACAUACUUACGAAAAUAGCUUAAAUCGCCGUGUAAAGUGAAAAUAAGACCGGAUCUACAAAAACGAGAUUUAUCUUUGAUAUAAUGUUUUAAAAGCGUAAUUUUUUUGCUAUUAAAUUAUUUGUAUGAAUGAAAUGUUUUGUA